AUGCCAUCUAAAGCCGGUCGUGGAGCUGGAGGUGGACGGUUUACAGGUACAUCUAGAGGAAGUGCUUCGAGGGGAGCCCAAAGUCGAAGGGGACAAGGGAGAGGUGUCCCACAGGGAGGCCAGAUAUCCGCCCUCCGAGUAUCAUGUGGAUAUUGUGGGAAAUCGAGUCAUACCGAGGAUAAUUACUGGAGAAAAACUCGAAAAUAUUUAAGGUGUGGAAGAGGGACCAGGUCAAGGGUGCCAACCAGAGUAUGUUCUUUGGACCAGCGAUUGGUACCUGAACCAUCAGAGGUAGUGGAAGAUACGAUUCCUGUUUUCCAUCGUUUAACCAAAAUUUUGAUAGACCCUGGUACAACCCAUUCUUUUGUUAGCCCCACAUUUAUGCUUGGCAUUGACGUGAAAGCCGAAAGGUUACCAUAUGACUUAGAAGUAAGAACACCUACGGGUAAUCAAUGCUUAUUUGCCAACGAGGUGUAUAGAAAUUAUGAUAUUUGGGUUGGUGAGCGGAAAUUAGUCAUUGACCUUAUAAGUCUAGCCAUUAAGGGGUACAACGUUAUUUUAGAAAUAGAUUGGCUAUCUCAUUAUCAUGCUCGAUUAGAUUGUCAUAUGAAGGUGGUUGAGUUUUGCAUACCGGGUGAGGCAACUCUAAAACUAGACGUGAGGGGAGAAAAGAUUAAGUUAGAAGAUAUGCCGGUGAUUAAUGAGUAUCCAGACAUGUUUCCGCAGGAGCUGGUGUUAUUGCUACCCGAAAGAGAGAUUGAAUUUAAGGUUGAUCUAGCACCUGGACCUACUUCCAUUUCAAAAACCCCUUAUCGAAUGGCGCUGAACUUAAGGAGUUAA